GUGUUGGGUCCAUCUGGCUACACAGGAUAAAUAAGUUUCCUAGAUUCCUGUAGCACAUCAUUUGGCAUUGCAGCAGUUCAGUAGGUUGAAUUUACUGAUAGGGGUCUGCAGGGAAAGAAAAUUAAGUCCAUUUUGUGAUUUUUGUUCUUUUAAAAGGAGAUCAUAAGGGAGAGAGGAUUGCCAAGUGCUAAGAUUAUGGGGCGGGUUGUCAGGAGUUCUGGACUUAAAUCCCAACCCUGUAGACGAGUUGCCUUGCAGAUGCCAUUUCACAUUUAUAUGCCUCAGGUUCACCUUCUGUGAAGUGCCUCCCAGACCCACAGGAACAUAUGUAAGUGUGGCAGGGACCUUAGAAGAGAGGUACUAUAUAAUACCAAAGCAAAACAUAUUCCGCCGCACAAAAUUACUCAUGCCAUCUUGUUACCCCUGAAGGUUUAUUCCUUGAUAUUGACUGAGUCUCAGAGAAGCAUGCUAAAACCAAAAAUUGCCUCUGAUUUUGGGUCUUCAAGGUGUUGGGCCUGACUUUCAGUGGUGCUAUAUACUCCCAGCUCCCACUGAUUUCAGCAGUGUUUCCAGUACCUUGGAAAACCAAGUCCUAACUGUUGGACCAUGGAAUUUGGGAAUGCCUACAUCAGGGGCUACUUCUGAAAAUGUUGACCUCUUACCAAGCUCAGGAUGGAGUUGGGAAUAUAGCCCAUAGACCCUGACUCCUAGCCCAGUGCUCGCACCACCACAGCUCAUUCCCAUUUUGGAGAUAGGGACUUACUCCAUAUCAGUGAAAAGACCUGGAAACUAGUCUGUGAUUUCAAUGCUGAUAAAACCCUGAUGGUUGCAUUAGCUUGGGUGAGCUCUUUCCCCAGGUCUGCAGGCUGUGGUGUGGGCAUGCCUAUUUACUCGUGUAUAUUUUACUUGGCUUACUGAGUUUCUUUCCAGUCUCAGCUAGGAUGAAGAUGGAAGUGUGUAAGAUGUAAUGCUGCCUCCUGAAUGACUUGAAGAAUGAAAAUCUAUGGAGGAUGGUUCUGGACUGAAACCCCUCCCCUGAAAUAUUAGUCCAAAUUCUGUAUUUUUGUAAUGGGCUGAAUCAACCCCAUACUGAAUGUGGGUGCUUGAGGCUUGCAUGUGAAGCAUUCCUGCAAUCAGGGUAUCUGGGGGAUUUCCAAGGAGAGAGAGGCAGGCUGGAUUGCAGGUUUAAUUUCCUAAUGUCUUCAUUAGAAAAGCUUUUUGUGGUAACAAAGAACCACUACAAAAGAUAGUCCAUUUGACAGAGAUAUGAAUAUCUUCUAAUUCUUUUAAGAAAAUUUGUCAUAAGAAAAAGUUAGCAAAUUUCCCUCCAAUAGCCAGAUAUUGCCAGAAGAGAAGGUACUUACUGGAAUUCACACUACCGUGAUUGCAGUAGUAAAUUUAUCUCAGGAGAGGCAACUUAAAUCUCUUGAAAAUCUUCUUGAGGGACGACUCUUCUUUGUGGCUGCCAGUGUGUGUUCAUGGGAUCUUUCUUUGGCUGUGCUGAUGGUCCUGGUUCCUUGCCAUGACUUUCAUUGGUCUUUGCUAUAAGAGAAGUGCUGGCUGACCAAAAUAUGGUUGGGUGAAAUCCUUCCCUUUUUCCUGUGGUUCCUGAUCUUGCUGAGCGAGCUCGUGAGAUAAGCAUGGCUGUACUAACUAAUCUAUAGAGACCUUGAGAAUGGCCAAAAGGGAUGGAGAGGCUACAAUGCAGAUGUGGAACUUCUCAGCAGAUUACCUGCAAGGUAAAAUCAAAAAAAUGCUUUGAUCUUAACCUUUGCAUUUAUUGAUGUUAGUGGGUCUUUGGCUUAAUUUAACUAAUAGACUCUAUGACAUUGGGUAGUAUAAGGAGGUUAUAAUGCAUGAAUUUGCAUGGGAUUCUAUUCACCUUCAAAAAGAGCAGUGCCUGAGCAGAAAUUGGAGGAUCUUUGUUAUUCUUAUCUGUUUCUGUUUUUAGUUUAAACAUUUCACACCAUGCGAAAGUUCAUUAUGACCUUGUUUUUCCCUAAGCCCUUGGCUCUGCAGAGGUAUGUGUGUGGAUGCAAUUGGGAACAGGCUGGUCAUGUGACUAGGGAGACCUGUUUUAUAUACGUACUUGAAUCAUCCCUGCACCUUACUGUCCAUGCCCUGAACCCACCAGAGAGACUCUUGUGUGGUCCUAUCACACCAUGGAGAGAACUCUGGUCCUGCUGCUGCUCUCUCUUGCUGUCGCCCAGUCAUUUUCUCACCAGCGAGGCCUCAUCUUCAACUUGGACAAUGGGGAGCUGUGUCUGCAAAGUGCUCAAUGCAAAAGCAACUGCUGUCACAGGACCAGUGGGCUAAGCCUGGCUCGUUGUACAAACAAAGCCAUUGAAUUUGAGGAGUGUUCCCCAAAGAGCCUCUAUGGGGUUUACUACAAAUGUCCCUGUGAGCAAGGCUUAACCUGUGAGGCUGACAACAGCCUGGUGGGCUCCAUCACCAACACCAACUACGGCAUCUGCCAGGAUCCACGGAACUCAUCCAAGUAAAGGUGGAAUCGCCGCAGGGGAACCGUGCUGCACAGUUGUCAUCCCUCUCUCCUCUUCCAAUGCACAUGCCUAGUAUCCAUCACCCCUUCCCAUGCACACGUGCAUCUUCUCCAGCCUACGUCCCAUACAUACAUGACGCCUCUUCCUGUACUCCACAUAUACCUCUUGCCCCAUGACCUGCCUUGUCACCUACAUACACAACACCCUGCUAACCACACCUUCACUGAGCCUUCCUGUAGUUACACCUAUGCCUCUACAUUGACCCACAGAUGUGCUUUCAAGGACCUGUGCCUGGCUUCACAAGCCACGCUAUCUUGUGUCACUCUGCUCCGGGUUGUAGCCUUCAAAAUAUCUUUCCCCUUCUCUGGACUUCAGUAUGAGACUAAUGCACUCUUGCUUCACUUCUGUCAUGGUAUCUGUUCUCAUCUCUUCAAGACCCCCCAUUUUCUCUCUCCAGUCCCACAACCCCUCAGAAAUAACUGCCUGCCUUUAAGGUACUCGCCUUUCAGCUGACACUUUACAAAAGGGGCUGGAAAGAGUCAGCUGCCUUGUGCUCCUUCCCAAAGCCAGAAGCAGUGCUGACUUCACCCUGCCUUGACCUUGGCUUCUGAAUGAUUGGAUUGUACCCUCUCAUUGCACAAUAGCUCACCAGCUGCUCUGUGGGGCUGCUGUGAUUCUUGUUCCUGCAAGUGUCACCCUGCUUGGAUCCAGCUGCGAAUGGAGGAGGAGGAAUUUUAUGGCACUUUUGGAACUUCCAGUAAAGAGCUGU